AUGUCUAGUGAAAUAGACAUUUUUGGGGAUGAUAGUUCUAUUGAUAUUCCCAUUACAAAAGAACAACACCAGUUCAAUGAAGCUAUUGAAUCAAUAACAGACAAAGAUGGAUAUUUUCUUGGAAGAAAUGGAGAAGUUGUAAAUGGAUAUCAACUAGAAAAGAAGGUUGGACAAGGGACAUUUGGAACUGUUUAUUUAGCUAAAAAAAUAACAACAAUAAAAGAAGAAGUUGCAUUAAAAAUUAUUCGUAAAAAUGAAAGAAUGGUAAAAUUAUCACAAAAAGAAGCACAAUUAGUAAAAGAAAUAAUGUCAUUAAAAGGAAUUUAUAUUGUUCAGUUAAUAAGUGAAUUUAUGUAUAAAGAUCAUUAUUGUAUUGUUCUUGAAAAAAUGGAUAUGAAGAAAAGUAAAUUAAAUAUUAAUGUAUCAUUAAUGAAAAAAGGAAAAAUAAAAAAGUCAUCAAAGAAAAAAGGACAACAAGAAAGUACUUCUCCAGCAGAGUUUUUUGAAAGAUAUCGAUGGAUUAUGCAUGACGUUAUUCUUAUUGAAAAAGAUGGACAAAAGAAAAUGCAUGGAUCUGAUUUAUAUUCAUUGUUUUUACAAGAAAAAUUAUUUUUACAUGAAUGCACCGUUAAAUCUCAAGACCCAAAUAUUCCAUUUAUUUUACAAUUAAAGAAAUACGUUGAUAUUUACAAGAAAAUAUUAGAUAUUGAUAAAGCAAAAGAAGAAGAGAAAUUAAAACAAAAAAUGGAAGAAAUGAAUAAACCAAAGGCAGCUGAACCUGUCUAUAAAGAACAAACAAAUGAAGGAGAACUAUUUGAUCCAUUAGCAGGAUUAGAUGAAGAUGAAUAA